AUGAGUUCUGUUGAAAAGUUAUACAGCCAAGCCAAUAUUGAUACGAAUGUGCAGAAAUUGCAGCAUGUACAUGAUGUUACUUCACUUGUCCUCGGUGUUGUUGCUGGGAUAAUGACACUAGAGUCUCUCUAUGGUUUUGCUGUCUACAUUAUUGGAAUACUGAUCACCAACUUGGCAUUUUACAUUAUAUGCGGAGAGAAGCAAGCUAAUAAGUUUUUCAAAAAGCCAAUACAGGAGAUUUUUGUCAAUGGAUUGCUAAAUAAUACACCUGGAUUUAUCAUGCUGUGGUGUCUAGUUUACGCCUUGGUCAAAUCUAGUUCGUGA